AUGAGUUCCAUUGCGUCGACUGCUGUUGGGCUUCCAUUGGCAAUCCCAACAACAAGCCUAGGCAUUGUUGUUGCUCGUUAUAAAGAAGACUUGACACCAUGGCUUCCAGGAGCCGAUUAUUCCUACGUCUAUGACAAGGGUGGAAUUCCACAAGCAAACGACACAGUCGACCACGACGCUUUCCGCUCCUACGUUGAACUGCCCAACAUCGGCCGCGAAGGGCAUACGCAUUUGUACCACAUCGUCAAUAACUGGGAUACACUAGAGGAUUACAUGAUAUUCUCUCAAGCAAACCCGUAUGAUCUCAUUGGCACUGUCGUCAACUCGACCAACCAAAUGAUUGAUGUGGCACUUCAAGUCAACCCGAAUGAAGUUAAUCCCUUUGAUCCAUCCCUAUUCCACGACGUUGAUGACUGGGCGAAGAUCAAUUGGACAGAUCCAAAGGAAAGCAUGUGGAUUACGGCGAGCCAGCUAAGUUCUUUGGUGUUUGCUCCGUACACACCUGAGGAGUUCUGGAACUAUGUGCUACAGGAGGAUCACCCGCCAGCUAUUCGGGCUGCACACGGCGGUACCUUUGCUGUCCGACGAGAGACAAUCUACAGCCAGCCGCGAGAAGCAUACGAAAGGGCCCUGCAAAGAUUUGUUGAAGCCAACUCUACGAAUCCCGAAGUAGGCUUCAUGUGGGAACGAUUUUGGACUGCAACUUUCUCAAAGCAGUAUUGGCUUCAGGCAGUCGAGAACCCUUAG